AAGCUAAAUUUUCCAUGGAGUCAGCUACUGGUUAUUACAUCGUUUUUUCGUUGGUAGCUGUAUUGGAAAAGUACUUGACACGAUUUACUCGACAUUGGAUCUGAUAUAUAUUUUAUUUUGUACCUUGGCUGUUAAAAAGCAAGAUGGGUCGCGAAUUAAACAUGGAUACCCAACGUCAAAACUUCUGGAAAGAAGCUAUCAAAAAAGAAGCCUAUGUCAGAUUGGCUUGGCAUGAAAAAUAUAGUGCAGAAUUUGGUAGAGAUAGCACAGAGGAAAAGAAACUCCACAGGACAAAGAAACUCACAGAAAUGGUACCAAAACCACCCACAAGAAGUCUCACGUUGCCUGUUAUUUCGUAUCCCAAAAAGAAACCAACGCUUGCUGCCAUAAACAUGGUCACAGCCAGGAACAGUCAAGAUCCAAAUGCUCUUCUCGUUGAAAUGCGCUCAGUUACGCCAGGAGUUCGAAAUCUUCUUUAUCACGGUUUCACGAAAGAGGGCAGAGGUCGAUAUCAAUAUCUACAAACCAGGAAGUUGAAAAAACCAGAAGACAAGUACGAAUACCCUUUGACGACAUCUUGGGAAUAUGGAUGGCGACUAGAUGACGUUCAGAAAGAAUUUCAUGCACCUCAAUUUGGUCGAUCUCGGAUCGUCCGCGACACAUUUUUUCGAAGAACAGGAAUUUUAUACGAUCCUAUCACCGCAUGAUAAUGUACUGUUCAUAUUUUGCUUUUUCUUUAGGAACAUCAACAAUGAAAAACUAUUUUGCUUAUACUUGUCCGCCAGUUACGUAUCCAACGCAUGUUUCGCUUAAUAUAGCAAUUGUAAUUUCAGUUGAAGCAGAUGCUAAACAUUGCACAGCCAAUUUAUAUAAUUUUCGUUGUCCAAACUUCGCGAUAUUCCUAAAUUUUUCAAUUUGCAGAAUUCAGUGACCUACUUCAACUAAAGUGCAAUUGUCGCCGUUUUGCAUAUUAUAUCAGGCCCUUUUUCGGUUGGUGUAAGUAUUUUGUAAUACUAGACAAUUCAUUCAGAAUUUUUUACUAGUAUAUUCAAGUAGAUGUAGAAAAAUAAUUGUAUUCUUCUUGCGUGAAAUCCUGAUUAACUCUGCCAUAUCAUCUUCAAGUUAGUUCAAUUUUACUGCAUGAUGCAUAUUGUUGUAAAACACUUGCUAUACCGCCAUUAUGAGAUUAAUUUUCCUUGUCGAAUCAAGUCGCCUAACUUUUAACUGCCUGCUUUUAUACCCCUGUUUAUAGGUUGCAAAACAUUGGAGGAUCCAUCUUAUUGAUGUCAUGUACAAAUCGACGUAGUCUGUUUGGUACACUGCAAAAUGUAUAUGCCUAUUCAGUUUUAUUUCAUUUACCCAAUCGUAACCAGUUAUAAGAGGUUAUAAUUCAAAAAAUGGCCAUUGGAGAUGUAAUUAACAUAUAAAUACAAUCCUGAUACAAUUAAAUUGACGUUUUGUCUUUUAAGCAUAACUAUUACAAUCCCUCCCCUUUGUGUUAGGCUUUUGUAUGGAAGACAAUUAAAACCGUGUAUUACAAGCGUAACCAUAAUCAGGUCACCCGUUGCCCUUCCAAUUGUUUUUGUAAAAUAAAACUCGACCCAAUUCGCCCAGUGCCGGAAAACUUGUUCGGUUCUUAGGUGCAGGAUGAAACAUGGAACUCGUUGACGCCUUAGAAAGGAAUGAUAGGUUCUUUCUCAAUUGCUGCAACACAAUCUUUGCAUUCUUUACCGCACUGUGUUUAUGUUUGUUUGUCACGCCAUAUUAUGCUAAUUUCUCUUUAGUGCCACACUAACACGCCAUAUUAAAUUUAUUAAUGAAGCGCUUCCUUAGUUAAAGUAUCUGCACUUACCGGUACCGAUUUGAAAGAAUGUAAUGAAAAUUAUAAUUUUG